AAAACCAGUCAACACAAGUAUAGAUCUGAUUGAUAACUACAUUGACAUGUUAGAGAAGGUGGAUUUGUUACAAACAGAGGUCUGCAACUCAUCUGGCAUUGACAUACAAUUCAGGAAAAAUGAACAGAUUAAGGAACAGUUAAAAGACAUCUGUGAUCCAUCUAACAAGGACAUACAAUUCAGGAAAAAUGAACAGAUUAAGGAACAGUUAAAAGACAUCUGUAAUUCAUCUGACAAGGGACAACUGGGUCAGGUUGACUCAUUUCUGACAAAAGGAUGGAAAUCAUUCCAAAAGACCUUGUACUACUUCUCAGCUGAUGCUAGGAACUGGGCUGACAGCAGGCACUUUUGCCAAAAAAAUGGUAGUGACCUGGUAAUGAUAGACAACGCGGAAGAGCAGCUGUUUGCUUACCUUUACUCACUGCCCCAGUGCUGCUACUGA